UUCAAACAUAGAGAGAAUCACAAUGUCUUAAACGUGGAUGAGUAAAAUAGGUCAAGGUUUCUUUCUUCUUAUUGACUGAUAAAUUGGGUUUGCCAGACUAUAGUUGUUAUGACAGUUACAGCAUGGCAACAAUUUUUUAACUGUCAAAUUGUGAACAUGGCUGAUGCAGCAGCAGCCCGUAGGGAAGCUCGGAGAAGGAAAAUAUUAGAAAAUUCUCAUAACAGGCUUCAACGUAUAUCUGGAAAAUGCGACGAGCCGAUUCCAAAAGAAUCAUCUUUUCAGACGAUUCUUCCAGACGUAAGUUACGAAGUUUCAACAAUAUCUAGCAGUUUCACAACUACUAGGAGUAACAAUUCCCUCAAUAAUGGUGUUGUGGUUGGCGAGGCACCACCAGCGGCGGUGUCGACACAGAGUGCUAUUUAUGAAGCGGACGCGGCAGGCGACAGUUUAACCGACGUAGCCAAUGACUUGGCAGCAUUAAUGUCGCCAGGAUCACAACCAGCCAACACUCAACAAGUGACUCCUUUGGAAAAACUAGUUCUAUACAAGUAUGAUGUAGUACUAGUCUCUUUGCUUGUCCAACUUAUGUACAGUUUCUCAUUGUUGACAUUUGACGAGACGUAUUUUUUCUUGCCCUUAGUGGUUUACGUCGUUACUAAGAUGAUAUGGUUUCCAGCACCAAGCAGUUCCAACUUUGCUAAUGCUUUACUUCUCUUAAAUGGAAUAUCAGUGCAAAGAGUGGAACGAAUCAUGUCAGUGUUGCGCUGGGUGAGCAUGUUUUCUCAGGAUGUCUGUGUGUACCUUUUUACAACAAUUUGUAUGCAGGCUCUUAGGCACACUAUCACAGAUUCUUUGAUCACAUAGUAGAAAUUGCCUAUUAUAAUUUUCCUGUUAAAUUUUGGGCAUAUUAUUGACUGAGCAGUUCCAACAUAUAGCAUUUAAUAAAUAGAAAUGUUCCAGAAUUUUGAUUGCUUGUGCCUUUAUACAUAAGUGAGAAUUUGUGACAUGUGUGCGUUUUAGUCACAUAUUGCCAUUUUAGUUUAAUUAGGACAAUAUUGUACAUAGUAAAUGAAAAACAUUCUUGUUACUUUAUUUGUACAUCAUUUUGCUCAAUUAUUUUUGCCUUUUGUCUACUCUACACUAAUGCGUUUAAAAUAUUGUAUUUUUAUACUUAUUAUUAUAACAAUUUUUAUGAUAAUCUUUCAUAUAAUUAUAAAUGUUUAGAGGCCAAAUUAGCAACUUGUACUGCAAAUGUUAAAUGUAACAAUCACAUCUAGGCUUGUAUGUCUCAUGUCAUGUCAUAACAUUUUAACAAAUUCACUGCCAGACAAAAAAACGGCGCACUACCCCAGAAACUGGGAACCCACCUGGUGGGCGCUCGUGAACUUUGUUCAGAUGCUGGACAACCCGCUGGGCGGGUUGUUUUGUAUGCAGCUAUAGACCACCGGUUUCUGGGGUAGUGCGCCAUUUUUUGUCCGGCAUCUGAACAAAGUUCACGAGCGCCCAGCAGGUGGGUUCCCGGCAGUGAAUGUGUUAAUUUCAUGUUUGUCAUGUCAAUGAGCUUGAUUUUCGCAUUGUGAAUGCAGCAGUAAAAAAAAUUGUAAAUAAUUUAGUUCAGCCUGAAUAGGUCCUUCGAUGGCCUUAACUAUUAUUAAUUGUAACUGCUAGUUUUGUUCCAAUUUUGAUGUAACUCUAGACUAUUUGGAAAUAGCAAUAAUAAUAAUACAUAUUUUAUAUGAUGGCAGUUUGUGACUUGUUAAAUUGUAGUGGGAAUAGGACAAAAAAUGCACAUAUAGCAACAGAAAGUUCAUUAUAACCAGAGGCCAGAAUUCUGAUGGCAUUUUUGAAUUGUCCUAGGGACUUUUCAUUUAUCAACUACUACACACAUCAUUACAAAGUAGAAUACAACAUAUCAAAGAUUUAAAUUAGAGGUAAACAACAGGCCUUCUUAUCGCUAAAGAACUAUUUCUUCCAGAAAACUUUUUAGUAGUUGAAAAUGUGAUAUAGAGAUUUGCAAUGAAAACAAUCGAAACUGAAUAGUUAAUGUCAGUUAGUUUAAUUACAUGUUCAAAGUCUGUUUUCGUGCUAACAAGUGUUGCAUUAGUUACCUACCUUAAAAAAGAAACAGUCAUAUUUUUCCAUAUUAUCUUGUUAAAUUACUUCCUCUACAGUCAAAUAUCCAUUAACUAGUAACUUUUUCAUAUGUUGUGUUCUAUUUAUUGAAAUAUGUAUAUCGGAAGUUGAUAAAUGAGAAGUCCCUAUGACAGUUCAAAAAUGCCAUGAGAAUUCCGGCCUCCGAUUAUAACUUACUGGUUACUUUCUGUCUGUGCAAUGUAGUUUUCUUGGUGUUUCUAAUAACUGCUUAUUAAUACUUGUAUCUAACUUCAGGAUCAAAAUAUAACUUUUGAUACCUAACUUAUUAGUAUAGAGAGAUUGACAACAAAGAAUUAAGCUGAACAUUUAAUGUACAAAUAAAAAAGUAAUGUUACAAAAAAUGAUACAAUUGUAAUUCAUUUUACUUUAAUUUUUAUUAUAUGACACAUUUUAACAAAUCAAUAUCAUAUUUUGAUAGCCUGUAAUUGGUUUGGCUGUAAUACUAUUGCCGCAUCUCUUAUAUUAUAUAUUACACAAAGAAAAAAAACUUAAUAUUCAACCAGUCAGCUUAAUUCAAGUUGUACUAAAAAGGUCAAACAAUAGAAAAGUAUUUAUUUUAAUAUUUUGUAAUGCAUCUUUUAAAAUAAAAUAUUUGUAAUAUUUUAA